AUGUUCAACUACGUAUUCUUCUUGCGACCCCCGCCCACCCAGGUAUCUCCAGCCGGCCCUGUGACCUUCACGCCACAGCUUGCAAACGAUCUCCGAACAGAAGAGUUCACCGGAGAGGAGGACAUAUACUACUCGUGGUCGCUCGUAAACUCAUACUUUUUCGAACCGUAUCCGAGCAUCACAUCGCCCCAAAAGUUGACCGUAUGGCGGUCAAGCAACUUCAAAGAGUUCUCCGUCCCACUGCCUCCUCGCGCACGAGAUGGGCAGUCGUAUAGACUAGUCCUGACCACAAGGCAGCACGCGCGGUCGCAUAUCAUCAAUCUUGCAGCGCGCGACGUGGGGGAGAAGCCGUUUCCGGUCAUAUCUAUGCCCAUCGUCUUAAGCUCGCGCGCCCGCGCGGGACCACAUACGGAGAAGCAGCAGUCCAUUGAGCGUGUAUACCGCGUCCCUUUGCAACCUGAGAAGGACGGCUUCCUCACGAUCCGUGAGCAGACGUCAUUUGACCUGGACAAGAAAGUGUGGGAUAGCGGUAUAGGACUGAGCUCUUGGCUAGUCGAGAUGGCCCACCAGAUUGCUUCUACAAACGGGGAGCAUCUCCUCGUCGCUCGCGCACGGGACGCACUUUUUUCUUCUGCGAGAUGCAGAGUCGUGGAACUUGGUGCAGGGACAGGCAUCGUCUCUCUGACGCUUAGCGCAUUGCGAUCGGCCCAGUCCACCGACGGCGAUGGAUGCAUACUCAUGACAGAUCUCGACUCAGCUCUUCCCCUGCUUGCGCACAACGUCUCCACCAAUGGCACGCUCUUCAAAGGUGCCUUCCGACCACAAUCGCUAGCGCUGGACUGGGACGAGGAAGCACUCCCGAGCGAAGUCCUCGCCAUCGAGGGCGGGUUCGACAUCAUUGUCAUGGCCGACGUCACGUACAACACCGCGUCCUUCCCCGCGCUCGUGCGCACGCUCUCUUCCCUGCUCCGUUUGAGCCCACCAGACCAUCCGCCGAUCUUCCUGCUUGGAUAUAAGGAACGUGAUCCAGAGGAGAGGACGUUGUGGGACAUGACCAAAACUAUCGGUGUCUCGUUCGAGAAGGUCGGAGAAAGGAUUGGCGCUGGGCGAGAGCCGGUAGAAGUUUGGAUUGGGACAUACGAAUAG